UCGUUGGGGUUCCCGAAACCGUAAAGCGCUCUCCAUGCCCUUUAAAAACCCACAGACAAAAGAGUGAGAUAAAACAAGACACCACCCCGGUACCUCCAUUCCCUUUACAUGACAAACAAACUCCUUGUCGACCAACGCACUGAGACAUACAGUGCGGUGUCUGCUAAGUGGGUUGUCAAUUUUUUUUUUUCUUUCUCAGUUCAGCUUUUGCCUGAAAUCUAGUUGGUCGGUGUUACCUUGGACUCCCCCCAGCUUGUCCUAUUCAUGUGUGGAAUCUCAUUGUUGGCGUGGACAUCAUUCAAGCUGGUGCUCCAAAGCAACUGGAGGUUCCCACUUCAUUAGAGCUGUGUUUCGGAGGGCUGGAGAGAGCGCUAGCACUACGUCUGGCUCUGACAGCUAGUCGAGGUGAUAAGCGAGAAGGUUUGGUGGAAAGGGAGAGGAGAAGACAGAAAUGCAGUCGGUUUUGAGGAUGACACCUGUUACUCUGGCGCUGACGUGGGUUUUGUUCUCGAUGUGGAUGGAAAGCUUUGCUGUGCAGAUUGGAGAAGAGGAACUCAACGAGACCGUCAUUUGCACCAAUGAUCAGAUUCGAGUUAUCAUCCCAAGUGUGUUUUUCCUCAACAAGGAACCACCUGUUUAUGUUUGGGAUUUGCACCUGAAUGAUCCUGAAUGUCGAGGUGUUGAGGUGGAGAAUGACUACGUCUUCAGCAUCAAGACCAACCUCACGGACUGCGGCACCAUUAUGGCAUCGGAUGACACUCACAUCAUGUUCACAAACUCGAUUCGUAACAAUGAAACUGAUGUCAUCACCAGAAGCUACAUCAACAUCACAUUUGGCUGUCGGUAUCCCGUAAACUACAUGGUCCAACAGGAAAACGGGGAGAAUCUGAUCCGUGUGGAUGUCAGGACAAUCACUCUGAACACAGAGGAGGGAAAUUUCUCCGUCUCCAUGCUGCUCUACAAAGAUGAAGAGUUUCAGGAUAAAUGGACCACUGUUCCUUCCCUCACACUUGAGGACAACAUCUAUGUCAAAGUUUACAUGAUUCCAGCGAAUAUGUUUCUGCGAGUGGACAGAUGUUGGGCCACACCAAACAAUGACCCUUACAGCAACAUCCAAUACACCUUCAUCAAGGACAGCUGUCCAGUGUUGUGGAAUGACCAGACACUGGCCGUGAUGAAGAACGGGCAAGGACCAGAAGCUCUGUUCAGGAUACAAAUGUUCAAGUUUGUUGGCAGCUCCUACACGGAUGUGUUCCUGCACUGCAAUGUCCAGAUUUGUCACAAUACAGGAGGAGCGUGUCAACCUAACUGCUCUGCUGAUGAUGCAUCGGCACGCACACGCAGAGAUGUUGGAUCAUCUCAUACUGUCUCGUAUGGACCAAUCAGAAGGCUCAAAGAUAACAUGGAGAAUAAUGGUCUGAAUUCACAAAUCCCACCAGUGGAAACCUUUGUGUUAGGUGGUCUGCUGUUUAUACUGAUUGUCAUCACAGGAGUGUUUGGUAAACUGUGGCUACAGAGCAGAAACUCGUAUCCGGCCCAGGAGGCCCAGCUCACCCUCUCCAACAUCCACCAUCUCUCAGAGGUGGCCAGCUAACUUGACAUCAACAUCAGAUAUGUUCGGUCUGAAAGAUUUUUCUGCUAACCUGUAGUGCAUUUUAUUGUAGUUUUUGUCAUUUAUUGUGAAAUAAAUAAGUAAAUAAAGUUUUUUGAGUUCCUAACA